AUGAAGGGCUCUUCUAGGGUUCCGAUUCCCGAUAACCUCCGGGGGACGAUUCGGAAUAUCAAGGAGAUUGCCGGAAAACACAGCGAAGAUGAUAUAUACGCGAUGCUCAAGGUCUGCAACAUGGAUCCCCACGAGACCACCCAGAAGCUUCUCUACAUUGACACAUUUCAGGAGGUUAAACCAAAACGUAACCAGAGGAAAGUGAGUAUUGACAACAGAGCUUCGAAAGAACAUAGCCAAAGAACUGACAAGCAGGAGAGGAAGACUAGGGGUGACAGCAAUUAUCCUUCUAAUAGUUCAGAUGGUAGACAACAACGUAAUGCUAGGCGAGACAAUGGUUUGAGCGGAUCUUCUAGGUCCUGUAAGCAAGUUAUUCAUAAACAAAUAGAUGCUGUUGGAAGCGCAUGCAACAGAAUCUCCAGCCGUGAACUGCCUUCCCAAUCAUCCAAUCGUAGCAUCAGUGGUGUAACCAAAGAUAACAAGUCGGACCACAGCAAUAAGCUCACAAAAUCAUCAUCUUUGUGGCCAGUCACAGUGAAGCAGUUGCAGGAUAUAGGUCCGGGUCCCACUCCCACGUCGACGCCCACCAAUCCAUCCACAGAAGCUGCAUCGAGAGGCAGGAGCUUGGGGAGGAAAUCCCAUCUUGGUAAAAAUAAGGGCUCGAUCGCUGUGUCCGGUGAGUAUUCCUCCUCAUCGGACCUCGUCUUAUUGCCAUCACUCAAAUCUCUGAACCCCGGCUCAGCAGGUAUUAUCAAGAGUGAGACAAAGAAUCUGUAUGAUUCUGUUAAGAAUCUGGAGAUUGGCCAAGUGGUGUUAGGGUCAUUUGACUUGGACGAUUGCAUACGGUUCAGUGACCAGAAAGCUUGCUCAGCUCAAUUGGGCAAUGGAUCUUUGGAAGGAAUGUCUGCGGGUAUUGCUUUGGGAGAUAACCAAGUAAAUUCCCAAGUUGGUGUUCGGCUGCACAAGUCGCGUGUUGCUGCUAAGAAGUCUGUUAUUUUCCCCAAUCAUCUUCGUGUGUCUGUACCUAAAGGUUUGACGUUUGGAAGUUUAUUUGAUCCUUCAGUUGAACAGAACAAUGAGGACUCUUGUUCUACAGAUGCUUCAGGCCCAAUUCCCGAGUCGUCUUCCCCGUCAUCUGCACACGAUGGUUAUACUGGUCAGCCUGUCUCUACUCCCCCACAAAGUAUUCAACCCAUUGGGGAAUCCCACGGCCCACUUCUCCAUCCCACAUCGGAGUAUACCACGAAUAUUGUACUCCCUAAUGUGGGUUCCCACCUUGUGCAGCCACCAGGACUUGAGCAACAGGGAGGAAGUUCAGUGCCAACAGCCGACUGUAAUAAGGCUCCAUUUCAGACUCAACCAGGCAUAACGCAGGGUUCUGUUGCCAUGCCCCCACAAAUGUUCACUUUCUUCAGGCAGCCAUACCCUCCCAACUACAUUCCCUACAGUCCUUACUAUUCCCAGCUUUACAAUUAUAUGCCCCCUCAAAAUGCACACCAGCUGAUGGGUCACGGUGGGUUUACCCAUCAGCCUCCGCCGGGUCCCAUUUAUGUACCACAGUCUGCUUCUGGUGCUAAAUUGCCUGUCCCACCAGUUUACAACCCGGCAAACACGACCCACUUGGGGAAUUUUCCUUAUGGGGCUUUGGGUUAUGGUUCUGGUGCAGUUUUGCCUUCUUCCAGCCAGGAUGAUGAUAUUUCGGGAUCUGAGCUCAAGGAUAAAAAUAUGCACUCCAAUCUCAAACAGGAAAUUGGUCUCGAGCAGAAUGAUAAUUCACACCUAGUGUCUGGUGCAUCUGGACAGGACACGUCAGUUUUGCAGUCAAAUGUUUUUUACAACUUUCCACAUGGAUUGUCAAUGGGCUUUCCACCUGCACAAGUCGCGGGUCACACUUCGUUUGCUGGUAUUUAUCAUCCGUCCCAGAGCAUGUCUGCAUCGACCCACCACUCUCAGUCGACCGACUCUAUUGUUUCUUAUCCUCAUUUGCCACAGUUUCCACCAAUACCUCAAGAGAAGUGA